GACAUGCGCAAUGAAACUGAAAACUUUAAGGAUAAAUACAAUUAUACUUGUCACCCAGAAUCAUUGGUGUAUUUUAUAACUGAUAAAGAUAACCGUUUACUUUUAAUUAAAAUCAUAUAAAUUUGGUGCUAAAAAUACAUAAAUGUUUAUGUGAAAUCGGGUAACGGGCCGUUGCUUUAUGGAAUAAGAGAAACAGGAUUUAAAAUAAUAUUAACAUGAUUACAUAUAUAACCUAUCAAUUGCCGAUGUGGCAGUGGCUUAUUUACUUUUUGACCUUUACUUUCUUGUUUAAAGCCCCAUUUUGCGGAUCUUUUGCGGUGACAGAAAAUGAAGCACCAACUACAGCACCAAAAUUUUUAUCAAGGGGUCACCUGUACAAAGUUAUAGUCGGUGAAACUAUUGAAUUACCAUGCAAGGUGCAAAAUCUAGGAUCAUUUGUAUUAUUGUGGAGAAAGGGCUCAUCAGUUCUCACUGCUGGUCAUUUAAAGAUCUCUCGAGAUCAAAGGUUUAAAAUUGUUGGAGACUAUAAUCUUCAGAUUAACGGCGUUAAAACUCAGGAUGCUGGUGAUUACAUAUGUCAACUUGGGGACCAAGAAAAUCGAGAUCAAGUCCAUACUGUGGAAAUAUUGGUACCACCAACAUUGAGAGCACUUCCUCAUAAUGGGCAAGUAACUGCACGUAAAGGAAGCACAGUUACUUUAGAGUGUAAAGCGUCGGGGAAUCCAGUGCCAACAAUAUACUGGUUCAAGAAGGACGUUUAUUCCGGACCCACUCAUUUAUCUGACAGCUCAACAUUGAUUUUAGAGAAUGUGGACAGACACCACGCUGGUACAUAUCAAUGCUCAGCUGACAAUGGUGUUAAGGAACGUGUGUCAAUGGACAUUCAGCUGACGAUUUUAUCUCCACCCGAAAUAACUGUUGAAAAGGCUUGGGUUCAUGCUGCCGAAGGAUAUGAUAUAGAGCUUGUAUGCGUAGUUCAUGGUGACGUCAACUCGGAAAUGUUGUGGUACCAAAAUUCAUUUUUACUGGAUCCUACGGAUCGCCGUUCGAUGUAUCCUCAUGACGACAGAUAUAGUCUUAUCAUUCGAAAUUUUCAACCAACUGAUUUUGGGAAUUAUAGUUGUGUGGCUGACAAUGCACUGGGAAGAACUAAGAAAUACAUUGAGGUCUCUGGACGACCAGGACCAGCUGAUUUUAUUUCACCGGCCUUAAGUGGAUUCCUAGAUCAUUAUAAUUUAACUUGGACAAUAGAGUCCAUACCACCCUUAGAUGAAAUUAAACUUUUAUAUCGAAGGCUUCUGAUGAACGAAACGUAUCAGCAUCCUGGAAAAUGGCAUGAGUAUCAUAUUAAGCCCAUCCCAAUUCGGACUGACGGGACACAUUAUUUAAUGUCCUAUGUAGUAAGAAAUUUGGAGCACAAUGCUGUCUACGAAGCAAUUGUUCAAGCUAAAAAUAAAUACGGAUGGAAUGAGAUCAGCGACAUUCAUCAGUUUUAUACCAGAAAUCACGACCUUCUUCUUGACAUUGAUAUGGAAUAUAAAAUGGGAAUUUCAUGCUGUAAGCGAAUAUCAAAUACUUUGGCUGCAGUUAUUUUAUCUUACUUUCUGUCAGCAACAUUUACGAUUAUAAGAAAUACUUAAAUAUGUUUAAUUAUUGGCAAAUAUUAGUUCAA